GGAUCGUAAAGGUCGCUGGCUGGCGCCCUUAUGAAAAAUUGGCUCUGUUUUCAGAAGUGCGCGUUGUGGUUCGAAGCAUAACUCAUGGAUCCGGCCUGCCAUGGUGGGCACGUGUUUUGCUCGAUAAUGCGUGGUCGCUUUUCGCUACCAAAUGGGCGAAUUUAUUCACACUGGCUUUCCUAUCCUACAGAUAAUUCUGGGUUUCCAUUGCGACACGAAAGGCUAUUCGUGGAAAGAGAAGAUCGUAGAGAUUGCCGACUACGGCUCGGGGCAGUUGUCUCCUCUCUCAUCUGGAUUUGCCAACAACGUCUUCUGUCCUUACUGCUGCGCUAUUUCAACUCUUGUGACCCUGCUUUAGUGGGAGCUGAACUCGCCUCACGUGCCAUAUCCAGCUCAGUCGCUGUGGAUCGGUGGUUGCAUAAUUCGCUGCACAAUGCCCGAUGGCCAUCCAAUCGGGGACGGGAGUUGGUAACGGGUUUGUGUAUGCAAUUGCGGUUCGACACACGAUCUGCCACCAUAUUGCGAAAUUGUACUACUACACUGGACCUGCGCUUUUAUCGGCUGGUUUCGAAUGAUUUGCUGAUUUGUCUUACCACCUGUUGGUCUUUUCUGACGGAGCUCAAAUUAAAUGGACAUCACCAUGGCCAGUUGUCCGUGCAGACAGUGGCAGGAUUACACUCUCUAGAAAAUCUUCGCUCACUCUUUUUGGAUGGACUUCAGGCCGUUUGUGAUGAGAACAUUUGUGAUAUCCUCGGUCUACGACAUUUGCGUUUUCUCCACGUGUCAGCCACGCGGGUGACAGAUGACGGAUGGAUUAAGGCCAACCGACUUUUAAACCCCUCUGGUUGCAGCCACCUACCUUUACUGGAGCUGAAUGCAUCCGAUCUGGGCGCUUUUCUGACGAACUGGGGUUUGGUGGCAAUUAUCAACCUAUUUCCUCGGCUCACACGUCUGCACUUAAGAAGAGCCCAUAUCACGGAGGAUAUGUCGUUGGCGCUUUCACGUUUGGAACGCCUCAGCUUUUUGGAUGUAAGUUAUUGCGAGCUGAUACAUUGCCUGCCUCAUGUCCUGUUACCUCCCACCUUCUUGCUACAUGAGCAAUCUGGACUUACUGAGAUACGUGUAGCAAAUUGUACAUUGCUGGAUCUACCCUCCCUGUUAUACCAGAUUAAAG